UCCCAUGAUACCUUUAUGGCCGUGUGAUCGUCUGAAAUAAAACAUGGCGGAAACAGUGGGCAGAUAAAAUUUCUCCAGUUUAGUCCAUCACUUUAGAAUGCCAAGAGGUUUCACAAACUGAAAUGAGUGCAGCAGGAUGGGUUGAAACAUUGCGAAGGUUCAAUGAGAGGAAAAAGGCAAAGAAAGAAGAAGAUGCUGAGAAUGUAGCAAAAAGGUCUCCCAGCGAGACAGAGCUGUUUACCAAGUAUUACAAUGAUUGGAAAGGAGCAGGGAAAGGCAAAACCAAAAGUUAUGAUGCGAUACCUAGAUUUUAUUUCAAGCUUCCUUCGGAAGAUGAAGUUUUGUUGCAAAAACUGCGCGAGGAAUCACGAGCUGUGUUUCUCCAGCGAAAAAGUAGAGAGCUCCUCGACAACGAUGAACUGCAGAACCUGUGGUUUUUACUUGAUAAGCACCACACACCACCUUUGUUUGGAGAUGAACAGGUAUUCUGUGAGACAGUGAUGGAGCUACAUCUUUGUGGCAUAAUUUACUUGCCAUUUUUUAGUGCAACUGUUUUUGCCAAGCUGUUUCAACAGGAUCCUUUUGGAAGGAUAUCAAUCAUGCAGUUUUUCAAUUAUGUGAUGCGUAAAGUUUGGCUUCAUCAAACCAGAAUAGGUCUCAGUUUGUAUGAUGUUGCAGGACAAGGAUACUUGAAAGAGUCGGACCUGGAAAAUUAUAUUUUGGAGUUAAUCCCAACCUUACCUCAGUUGGAUGGCCUUGAGAAGUCAUUUUAUUCUUUCUAUGUGUGCACUGCUGUUAGAAAGUUUUUCUUCUUUUUGGAUCCUCUCAGGACAGGAAAAAUAAAGAUUCAAGACAUCCUUGCCUGUAGUUUUCUGGAUGAUCUCCUUGAGCUGAGAGAUGAAGACCUAUCCAAAGAACAACAAGAUGCAAACUGGUUUUCAGCACCCUCAGCAUUAAGAGUCUAUGGGCAAUAUCUAAGUCUUGAUACUGAUCAUAAUGGAAUGUUGAGUAAAGAAGAAUUAGCAAGAUAUGGUUCAGGAACCUUAACCAAGGUGUUUGUGGACAGAGUGUUUCAGGAAUGUUUGACAUAUGAUGGUGAAAUGGACUACAAAACAUAUUUGGAUUUUGUGCUUGCAUUAGAAAACAGAAAAGAACCACAGGCACUGCAGUACAUGUUUAGGAUCCUGGAUGUGCAGGCUGUUGGACAUCUCAACAUCUUUUCAUUAAACUUCUUCUUUAGGGAAAUUCAAGAGGAGAUGAAAAAGCAUGGACAUGAGCCAGUGAAGUUUCUUGAUGUUAAGGAUGAGAUUUUUGAUAUGGUCAAGCCUGAGGAUCCUUACAAAAUUACUCUGCAAGAUCUUGUUAACAGUGGUCAAGGGGAGACAGUGACAAGUAUUCUGAUUGAUUUGAAUGGCUUUUGGACCUAUGAGAACCGGGAACUUCUGGUACAAGAUGGUAAUAAUGAAGACCAUCCAUGAAGACACUGAAACAGAAAUGUGCAUCUUUCUCAUCUGGGCUUCCUAGGCACCUGUUAACAUCGUUGAAGCUAGCGGGUCACUUAAAAUGUCGAGGAAACUGGCUUCGAAUUGGCUUCUGAAAGUUUUCUAGGUGUGUGAAAUUAAGACUCGAGUGGUAUUAGAACCAGGAUAUAUGUUUUUUGUCGCCUUUGUGACGGUCUUUAACAUGAAUUUUGUCGGUGUAGUCAUCAUUCCCCCUCCCCUCUUUAAGAGGAAUGUCCAUCACAGAAUUGCCUCUGGUACGAUUUAGACACUUGUGUUCUUUAGAUUUAUAAACAUUUUGUGUUCCAUUUUGACACAGUAAACUUGGGUCAAUAGUUCCAUUCGUAUGGAACCCAUCAAGAGGCUAUGUACUCUAAAUUGAGCAAACAACUUUGCUUAAAUAAACGAUUAAAAAAAACUUAAAUGGCAUCUUCUUUUUUGGUAAUGAAUGAUCGAGCUUCAAAGCAAGUUUCUAUGAAUGAAAAUCAUGCAUGUAAAUGUUUCUUUUCAAACUAUGUGUGAAAUUAGCGCAGCUGGGUCCCAUUUUGGUCCCCUUGGCUACACCAUUAGUUUGUUUGUGAUAGUUGCGACCGAAUGAAAAGCAAUUAAGUGUUGGUACUAGUUCGGCUUGACGGAGUAGUGUUUCAUCGCUAGGUUCCUUAACAGUGCGUAGAUCGAAAAAUGUUUGAGGGCUAGGAGACCUUCGUCAUUGGGAACGACAGUAUAAAGAGAUGUAAUAUCCAUAGUAUAAAGAAGUUUGUCGUGGCCAAGGAAAUUAAAGUCGCGAAAAUUUAA